AUGGUCUACACGUUUCCGGGCAGGUUCGAUGGGAAGGUCGUUGCUAUUACUGGGGGCGCCUCAGGCAUCGGCGCUGCCCUGACGAAGCGCUACAUCGCUGAAGGAGCAAAGGUCUUGGUGGCCGACAUGUGCGAUGAGGCCAAAGGCCAGGGAUUCAUCGCACAAUUCCCUCCCGAGCAGGUCUAUUUCCACCAUGCCGACAUCUCCGACCCGGCUCAAGCAACCAGCGUCGUCACCAAGACCAUCGAGCACUUCGGCGACCUGGACAUUGUCCACAACAAUGCCGGAUAUCCCGCCUAUGGACAAAUCCCCGACAUGUCGGUCGACGACUGGGCCCGUGUCUUCCAGGUUGGAGUGGACGCUCCUUUCCACAUCUUCCGAGCUGCCAUCCCCGAGAUGAAGAAGCAUACGGAGAAGAAGACACGUGGAGUCUUCGUCAACACGAUUUCCUCGGCUGGUAUCUACGGAGACGAAGGUCUGGGCUGCUACGGCGCUGCAAAGGCCGCCCUGGCCAACCUCACUCACUCUAUGGCUGCGGAUCACGCUCUAGAUGGAAUUCGAAUCAACGCCGUCGCACCAGGCUGGACGAGGACUCCGAUGACUGCUGCGCUCAGUGAAACUCCCGAGAUCUUCGAGCACGUCGCCAGCGCCGUGCCCAUGCAUCGACCUGGUGAACCCGAGGAGCUCGCCGCUGUGCUGAUGUUUCUGGCGUCGGAAGAUGCGUCAUAUGUGACGGGUGCAGUAUCUGACAAACCAUCUCCAUCUGUCUAG